AUGGGGAAGGGGAAGCGGGUUGCUCCCACCCUGCCGAUGCUUUCGCUCGUGGCUCUGAUCAUGCUCCUUGUCGCCGGGCUCUCCGCAGCCGCGGCGUCCGGCGACACGGGCGUCGUCAUUCGCCUCCCCAGCGACGCCGCCGCCUCAGGCGAUGCCCGGGCCGGCGAAGCGACGGCGCGCGCCAUGCCGGGCGAUUAUGCGGAGAGGCCGUGGAAGUGCUGCGACAUGCAGGUGUGCACCCUGUCGGUAGUGCUGCCGUCCUGCUGGUGCCACGACAGGCUCGAGCGGUGCUCGUUGGCCUGCAAGGAGUGCAGCAAGGUGAGGGGCUCGGACCCUCCACGCUACGUUUGCAAGGACAUGUACAGAGGCGAGCCCGCGCCCAUGUGCACUACCCACGCAUGA